AUCAACUUGGACAGGGAAGAAAACGCCACUACUGCGUAGUGCGCACAGGUGAUUCAGUUGUCGCUGCCACCUUCUCGUGGUGGAAAACAUGGGAAAACUCCAAGAAUUCGACAUAACUUUUAAAGACAAUAAAGUUGUUUAUAGUCCUGGAGAGUCACUUUCAGGCACUCUGAAAAUCACAACCACCGAAGCUCUGCUAUGUAAAGAUAUCAAAGUGAAUUGCCAAGGCUUCUGUGGUGUCACCAGCAAGAGCAAUGACACAGCCUGGAUGGUGGAAGAGCAGUACUUCAGCAGCACGCUCUCUGUGGCAGAUAAAGGAACCCUGAAACCGGGAGAUCACAGUUUCCCGUUCAAGUUUCUCAUUCCAGCCUCUGUUCCCACAUCCUUUGAAGGAAACUAUGGAAAAGUUAUGUACAGAGUGAGGGCUUUCAUUGACACUCCUCGCUUCUCUAAGGACUAUAAGGUGGAGAAGCCUUUCUACCUGCUGAGUCUCCUCAACCUCAAUGAUGUACCUGACAUCCAUGGAUGUAGUUCAUCUUCCGUUACUAAGAAGUUCACCUACCUACUGGGGGUAAAGACAGGAACUGUGGUGCUGAAGGCCCAUAGUGACAUGAAGGGCUACACGCCUGGUCAGGUCAUCCAACUGACCACAGAGCUCCACAACCAGUCUGGGAAGACCACAGGGACUGUGGUAGCCUGUCUCAUUCAGAAAGUAACUUACCAGACAAAGAAGCCUACCAUUGACUUGAGGACUUUAGUGCAGGUGGAGGGUGCUGGGGUGAAGGCUGGCAAACAAGUUGAGUGGAAGGAGCAGAUUAUUGUACCUCCUCUGCCCCAGUCAUCUCUGGCUGACUGUGGUCUAAUAAACAUGGAAUACUUUAUUCAAAUCUCCUUGAAAUCUCCUGAGGCUUCGUUUGUGUUGCCCAUCCACAUUGGAAACAUCUCAGUGGAUACCACGUCAGCACGACCCUCCAGACCCCCUCCUCCAACCACCGAUCCUCCUCGCUCCUCCACAAACCCUACCAAGCUAGAAAACAGCAGACGCUCUGAGCCGUCCUCCCAAGACCAAGAAACUCCUACUUGCCCUUCCCCCCACCCAGCCCCAAAACCUGUUCCCAGAAUCAGAGUCUCCACUUCCUCCCCUGCCUCCCCCAGUGCCCCUCCAGCUGAGAUGGACUAUCUGGUCAUGGGCGCCAAGGGGCAGGUGACCGAGGCCCUCCCAACUGAGAGCCACUCCCAGCUUGGUUUCUUGAGCUCUCAGGCCACUGUCUCCCCCAGUGCCUUCAGCUAUGCCCCAGGCCUCACCUUCUCCCAGAACCAGUCCCAGAGUGACGCCACAAACCCAACGGGACCUUUGUUCUGUGUGUCCACAGGCGCCACCAUCCCAUUCUUCUCUGAGGGCAGUACCAACCCCAAGCCUACCCUCUACCCACUCCUGCCUCCUGAGUACAGCACCUCAACACUCCCACAUGAGGCUCCUCCCAGCUAUGUCGAGAGCUGUAGCAGCAACACAUAAAACAACGUCAUGACACAGGAGAGACUGCUGGCAACACUGAACAUGACAACCAGCCUCCCUUCUACUCGAUCAUGCUGCCAGAUAGACCUCUUAAGUACGUCAGCCCAGGUUAAGCAACACCUUUUUUAUGAUUACUGAUUGCUUUCACACAUUGUUUGCGCUUUCAGGACAGUACUGUUUUUACGUAAACAAUUUUUAUAGCUGGAGACAUGUUUUCAAAGUUAAGUCAGGGUAGAAUUAGUUAAGAAUAUGUUGAAAUUGUAUUAUUUAUUUUUUACUAGGCAUGUCAGUUAAGAACAAAUUCUUAUUUACAAUGACGGCCUACACCGGCCAUACCCGGACGAAGCUGGGCCAAUUGUGCGCCGCCCUAUGGGACACCCAAUCACGGCUGGUUAUGAUAGUCUAGAAUCGAACCAGGGUGUCUAGUGAAGUUCUAGCACUGAGAUGCAGUGCUUUAGACCACUGUGCCACUCGGGAGCCAAAACACCUAUGAUUGAAACCAAGUGAAGAUCCAUGAAGCCCACAAGCAACUGCCCAGGCUAUGUUUUAUGUAACCUGUAUGUUUAUUUAUUGUUUUCACUAAACUGUCUAUUCAUAGACAAUUCACUAUGUUCUAUAUCCAAAUAAUGUUUUAUGCAUAGGAAAUACAGUGCCUUGAUACUCUACAAUGCACAACCUAAUAAAAUUGUGUUGUAUGUUUAGCCAUUUUUGUUUUGCUUUGUUUACUAUGCCAGGGUAAUUGUACAUCUCUUGUUUUAGGCCCAUUUAUCAGUUGUAAACAUGAAGGUUCUUGCACUCUAAUAUAGAUGUCUGCUCAACAUGGAUUCUUGCAAGUCGGUACAAUUCUUGUCUGACAGGGAAACUUUAUUUUUAUAGUUGCACUUUUUAAAGCAUAAUCAUAUUUAGUGGAAUUGUAAGGUAAAUCUGUAUGCCUGGAAAUGCCCUUGUCUGGAGCAGAGUAUCCAAAUUUCAAACUGUCCAGAAAAGUGUUUAAAAUUCUAAAAUAUCUCUCCCAGAUAAAUAGGAAUUUUUAUUCAAAUGUUUUUUAAAUGAGGUUUUCGAGUCAAAGCAACUGAGGAAAAACAAAAUUGCUACUUUGUAUACUACUUAAAUGAAGAAAAAAGCUAUUUUUGUCAACUCAGUCUUGAUUUAAAAAAAAAAAAGUUUGUUUAACUGAAUUGCCUAGUUAAGAACAAAUUCUUAUUUACAAUAACGCCUAGGAACAGUGGAUUUACUGCCUUGUUCAGGGGCAGGACAACAGAUUUUUACAUUGUCAACUUGGGGAUUCGAUCUAGCAACCUUUUGGUUAUUAGUCCAAAGCUCUAACCCCUCGGCUACCUGCUUCCCCAAGGGUGUUAACUCUGACAGAGUGCUGAUAGACUGGUUGUUUUGGGGGGAUUAUUGUUGACAUUUUACAAAUGUUUAUUGACUUUUUAGAAGCAACAAUAUGUCUGUUUUGAGUAUCUGUCAACUCUGUUAGAGGCUUGUCAACUCCAUCACUGAUGGAUAAACCUCUUAAGAUUAGAAUAUUUUUGUCAAUAUUCAGGAAAAAUAUUUUGAUGCUCCCGCCUGCUGUGUACUGAAGUCUUAGCUAGCUAGCACAAGGUGUCCAUCGCUCCUGCCUGCCAAACACCUGCUGUCGUUAACGGAACCUAUUGUCAUUUAUAGAGCUGCGGGAAAGUGCCGUGUGGUCUGCUCUAUAUAUAUAUCUCAUGAUGACUAAAGGGGCUCUGUUUUGAAGCCUCUGUGCCUCCAUCUUGGCACUUCACCACAAUUUUUGGGGGAAGCUAUGGAAAUGCAUUUAUAAAUGUCUACCUUUUUGUUUUUGCCAUGUCUUUUCUAUUACAGACACAUUUAAUGCACACUUAAUGAUAUUGUGAGCUAAACAUACUUUUUUGUUUGUAUAAAAUGUGUAACAUUUUCCUUAGUACAUUUACAACUAAGUAAAAAAAAUAUAUAACUGUCCCCACAUAUAAUUUUGUCCUUAAUGUUUAAUUGAAAUACUGUAGAAUUCCAUUCAUUACUAUGGAGGACUGCUUUUUCUGGGCACUGCCAAUAUGGCCGCCCAGUGGCUUCAAAGUCUCUCAUUGGCCAACACAUAGCAUCAGCAAUCCAGGGUGUAUAAACAUCUAAACUCGGCAAAAAAAGAAAUGCCUCUAUUUCAGUACCCUGUCUUUCAAAGAUAAUUCUUAAAAAUCCAAGUAACUUCACAGAUAUUUGUUGUAAAGGGUUUCCCAACAAUUAAUGAACAUGCACCUGUGGAACGGUCGUUAAGACACUAACAGCUUACAGACGGUAAGGUCACAGUUAUGAAAACUUAGGACACUAAAGAAGCUUAUCUACUGACUCUGAAAUAUGCCCAGGUUCCCUGCUCAUGUGUGUGAAUGUGCCUUAGGCAUGCUGCAAGGAGGCAUGAGGACUGCAGAUGUGGUCAGGGCAAUAAAGUGCAAUGUCCGUAUAGUGAGACGCCUAAGACAUCGCUACAGGACGGACAGUUGAUCAUCCUCGCAGUGGCAGACCACAUGUAACAACACCUGCGCAGGAUCAGUACAUCCGAACAUCACACCUGCGGGACAGGUACAGGAUGGCAACAACUGCCUGAGUUACACCAGGAAUGCACAAUCCCUCCAUCAGUGCUCAGACUGUCUGCAAUAGGCUGAGAGAGGCUGGACUGAGGGCUUGUAGGCCUGUUGUACGGCAGGUCCUCACCAGACAUCACCUUCAACAAUGUUGCCUAUGGGCACAAAUCACUCGUCACGGUUUUGUCUCACCGAGGGGGAUGGUCGGAUUAGCUCUUAUCAUCGACGGAGUGAGUGUUACCAAGGCCUGUACUCUGGAGUGAGAUCGAUUUUAGAGGUGGAAGGUCUGUUAUGGUCUGGAGCGGUGUGUCACAGCGUCAUUGAACUGAGCUUGUUGUCAUUGCCUGCAAUCUCAAAGCUGUGUGUUACAGGGAAGACAUCCUCCUCCCUCAUGUGGUACCCUUCCUGCAGGCUCAUCCUGACAUGACCCUCCAGCAUGACAAUGCCACCAGCCAUACUGCUCGUUCUGUGCAUGAUUUCCUGCAAGACAGGAAUGUCCGUGUUCUGCCAUGGCCAGCGAAGAGCCCAGAUCUAAAUCCCAUAGAGCACGUCUGGGACCUGUUGGAUUAGAGGGUGACGUCUAGGACCAUUCCCCCCAGAAUUGUCCGGGAACUUGCAGGUGCCUUGGUGGAAUAGUGGGGGUAACAUCUCACAGCAAGAACGGGCAAAUCUGGUGCAGUCCAUGAGGAGGAGAUGCAAUGUAGUACUUAAUGCAGCUGGUGGCUACACCAGAUACUGACUGACUUUUGAUUUUGACCCCCCUUUUUGUUCAGGGACACCAUUAUUCAAUUUCCAUUAGUCACAUGUCUGGAACUUGUUCAGUUUGUCUAUUGUUGAAUCUUGUGAUGUUCAUACAAAUAUUUACAUAUGUUAAGUUUGACAGUGAGAAGACUGUUCUUUUUUUGCUGAGUUUAGUACUUAAUUUGUCAAUUGGGAGGAGCCGUUGUUGUGCCGAAAAGUUCCCUCCUGCCAGAAUCCCCCGCCCGCGUGAACGCACUCAAUUCUUCAUUGCUGUUACUUGCUAGUUGGGAUUUCUGAUCAAGUUAGGCUGUGUUUCACUUAAUUUUUUAUGUCUGUGUGAUUGCGGGGGAGGCACUAGUAAUGUCUGCAGUUUUUGCUUUGGCUAUUUGUUUCAAGUGUAUUAGUCUAUAAAUAAAUCUCUACCAAAAUUC